UAAUGCUCAAUAUCAAGAGUCGUCUCAAUAUAUAAAGCGACUUGCAACAUGUCGAAACGAUAUAUCCACGACGAUGAGAAGAGCAGCAGCAGCAGCAUUGUCUCCUACUCACAUCCGUCAAAGCGCGCCCGCAGAGUCGACCGCCUUUCGUCUUUGAGCGACGAGCUCUUACUCCAUAUUCUAUCUUGUCUUCCGAUACCUUCAUUGAUCGUUUGUCAGAGAUUAUCGCGCCGAUUUCAUGCGCUGGCCGGAGAUUCAGAGCUUUGGAAGAGACUAUAUUAUUCACAAUGGGUUCGCCCCCGUGCACGUCGAUUAGCAAACAAAAAACGGGCCUCUAUGCUACCAGCAAAAGCCGAAUAUUCUCCCAAGGUAUCAACAUGGUUAGAUCAGAGUCAUCUAGCAAAGGAGGGAAGGCCUACAAACUGGAAACGACAGUAUCACCUUAAGCAUAACUGGUCCAAGGGGAUUUGUCGCUUAACUGAAAUUGAAUUCGCUCAACAGCCACGGCCUCCAUUGCUCGUUGAAUUCUGUGCCGAUUUUAUUUUCACGGCAGAUUCCGGCCAUGGGCUUCGAGCUUGGAUUGCUGGUAACCCACGAUUUUGCGUCGCACACAUACCAUCAGAAUGUUCUUCUGAUGUCCCGACAGCUCUGUCAGCAACCCGCAGCCUUGAUGAGAAAAAUAUCGAAAUUGCGGUAGGCUUUCAAGACAAGGGCUUCAGUGUGUAUGACUUGGAUAUCAAGGCAUCGAAACUAAGCUUACAUUUCAACCACACUGGAUCUACCUCAAAAACAAUCACAGCAAUGGCAUUAUCAGCUCCAUAUCUGCUAACCGUCUCAAAGUAUAAGGCGCUCUCCCUAUAUAAGAUACUCUCAGGACCCAAGGGUCGCAACAGAUCAGGUGGUUCAGACGGAGCCCGUCUGCUUGCGUCUCUACAGGCAGAUAACAUUGCGGCACCAAUGUCACUCUCCAUCCGGGCCGCGCAAUCUGAAAUCAUUGCAUCAAUUGUUUAUAGCUUUUACCACAUCGGCUGUGGCUGGUCACUAGGGAUCCAAGAACUUCGUCUGAAUAGCAAUGGCCAGCAAAUAGGUUCGCGGCUUGCUACAACAGUGGAUUCGCAAUACGGCAUACGGCCUCUCACUCACUCGGAGAGAAUAUUUCACUCCACAUGGGACUACCAGGCCGAAGGUGUCAGGCGGUUCACGAUGCCAAGUGAGCCCUUUAUACUACAUCAAGAGCCCCCAACCUCUCUUUCUUAUCGACAUCCUUUUCUCCUGGCAUCUCAUCCGGACAACACCCUCACUGUGUACCUCGUCGUAUCUACUUCUAAUAGCUUGUUCGUCAAAAGUGGCCAAAGGCUCUGGGGCCAUACAUCGUCCGUGGGAACUGUGCAGGUUAACGAUCGUGGCAAGGCAAUUUCUGUUAGUUCACGUGGAGAUGAAAUACGGGUAUGGGAACUCGAAUCAGUUGUUUCAUCCCCUGUAGCUCGACGGAAAGCGAAGGAAGCCAGCAGCACUCGACUCAGUCCCGAGAAUGCACGGACUGAUUUGCAUGGAAAUCGUGACCGACCAGCACCGAAUGUAGCUGAGAGAGCUUCUAGUGAUGUCUCUCGAGAAAUGGCACGGAUACAAAGCUGUAUAGGAUUUGAUGAAGAACGCGUGUUUUUGCUUCGAGAACAGGAAAUGGGGGAAGCAUUACUUGAAUGUUAUAUUUUUAUAUGAACCAGGUUGGGUCUCGGGUCGGUAUUGCAAGCUUUUUUUUUUUUUUU